AACUGUCUUUCUGACCCUCAGAUUCCCCUCCUCCCUCUCCCUUCUCCCCUCCUUCCACCUGGGUCCUAAUCCUCUCUGAUAGCUCUGUCUACGGCCCUAUAUCAUUCUCACACUCCCCCCUCCUGCUCCUCUGGAACUCUCCAUGCCUGAUAUCGGUUCCCGCGUCUAAAUCCGCCCGUUGGAUGAAUGGGCCUCCACCCGCACCCAGUCACUCCCUCUUGCUGCUCUGAAAGGGGCCGUCGUCGGUAUCGAUGCGUCGCACUACAUUUCCCAGCACCUCGUUCACCCCUCCUCCCGCGAGCCCCUCUUGGUCGCACUGGGCGGAUUCCCGUUCGCGUUGAAGAACAACAUCGAGAAGGAGCUCCAGGUCUUCAAGGAUCUGGGCAUCGCCUGCGUCUUCGUGUUCAAUGGCCUCGACUUCGGCAAAAAGGACCUCUACGAUCAGCAGCAGGCCGACCAAGUGGUGGACGCCUUCAGCAGCGCCGGCACCCCCCGCCCGGAUUCCCUCUACCGCUUCUUGCAGCGCAUUCUGCACCAGAACGGCGUCGAUUACAUCGUGGCCCCCUACAGUGCUGCCGCUCAGCUCGCCUACCUGACCAAAGGCCCGAACCCCCUCAUCGAUGCGGUCUGCGGCUCCUCCGAAACCUUCUUGUUCGACGUCGACAAGCUGAUCACGCGGAUUGAUAUCGAUCCCGCACAAUUCUUCUGGAUCAACAAACAGACCUGCCAAGAGCAGCUGGGUGGGUUGUCGAAUGAACAGUUCCUCGAUUUCUGCC